CGAAUCGAUGCCGCGUCGUGAGUUGGAAUCGGGAGCGUCGAGGAAUUAGCACGCGAUCUUUUAUCGUCGUCCGGACACCGUCCUCCCAGCGACGCGUCGACGUGUCGUCCGAGGGAAGAGAAGAGACGGCGGGGACCAGUCAGGGUGCACGGCAUUCUCGAGGACGGAUCUCUAGGAGUGAUCGCGCGACCAACCCGGGACCACUUGGUGGAGGGCUCCUCUCGCAACAGGACGGGAUAUCUAAACGGCAAUCGACGAGGCCGCACUGUUGGCAAGUUGGCGAUUUGUCCGAUCUUGGUAAUCUGGGCAUGGUCUUAAUUGCGACGGUGGGGCGAUGACGCUCAAUAACCGUCUGCUAUCAUCAGCAGGGGUCCCUCAGGACUCACCCAGCUUCCUGCUUCCGGUUUUGGUCCCGAAUUCAAUCUUCAACAAAGAUUGUCGCUAUUCAGCGAGAAACAUAGUGAAAACGAGCGCGACUAUCGCAGUCGAGAGGAGAUAUGAGAGACCGUUCUCAUCAUUACCGAGAUCAUCACGGACACGCCAUGCCCCUCGAGGAGGUUCAAGGACUGUUACUUCCACCCUCCAGAACAGGUAACCGGGGACCUCUGAAUGUAACGAUUGUACAGGUCGGCAGAGGAAAUGGAGACGGUGGAGAUGGCGGAAGUGAUUUAUUGAGAUUGGAACCGCCGUCGGAUUUAAGACCGGUUCCGUCGCCCCUAUCUGACACCAGUACCACUCUGCAGUCUGACAACAAUGACACCUUGGCCGGAGGUGUCGAUCCAAGAUUAUUGCUGGGAACCGGUGGUGAUCGCAAUACCUGGGAAGGUCGCUACCACGUAAAGGAACAUCGACGUGCUGGAAAAGCUACUUUUCAAGGUCAAGUUUACAACUUCCUGGAACGUCCCACCGGCUGGAAGUGCUUCCUGUACCACUUCUCUGUAAGAUAUAGUGGCAGAAUUCAACGAAUUUGCGAGGGAUCGUUGCAGACAUGGGGGUGUCACAAUGGGUGA